AUGGUCGCUGGAGCGUGCUCGACGAAGACGACGACGAGCGCCGAGCCAGCCCCCCGCGCCGACCCAGUGAAGCGCAUCAACCAAGCGAUCGAGGCUCUGAACUGGGAUGCCGUGGAGGCCGCCUUCAACGUGAUCGAUAACGACGGCUUCCGGGUGUGCUCUGCGACCGAGGCCGACUGGGACAGCUACGUCGAGUCCGAGGACCAAGCGAUGAAGUCGCGCGCCUUUGAGUUUAGAGACGACUCGAUUUACCUCAUCGAGAUGAGCGGUGGUCUUCACGCCACCAUUGCUAUGGGUAUCGACGACGCGAUGCUUGACGCCACGGGGCCGGAGGCCACGGGAACGGACCAUCGCGUCUUUCGGGCUUUCCGCGACGCGUACGUCGACACGACCCUUGAAUCAGCGGCAAGCAAGCUGCCCAAGCUCUCGCCGGACUGCUGCUACGGUCCAGCUCGCGACAUUGGCGCCAUCAAACCUCCCCGCGUCCACUGGAACGAAUUCCAUACGUUCAAGGUUGAGGUCGGAGUCUCCCAAGGCUGGCGAAGCAUGGACACCAAGGUGCUGCAAUACUGCGUCUUUCCUGGUCUGCGCUACGUGCUCUGCGUCUUUGUCUCGCCCGACAUGAGCGUCCACGACAUGGUGAACGCCAAAGCCAUCGAAGUUGCGUGCGACCACGGCAUCUCGGUCGGCUUUAGUGCGUCGCGCUCGUGGCUCGAACGCUUCCUCCAUGAGCACGACCUCCUUGUCACGACGCGCCGCAUCCAGGAGUUUGAGGCCACCCUUCAAGCCGAGAUCGACGCCCUCUGCCUCAAACACAAGAUCAAAAAAAUCUACCGCGCCGAACAGACAGGCAUCAACUACGAAUACAUUCCAAAGCCGGCUGGGUCCGUGAACGCGUGGGUCCGAUGCGGCGGCUCGGAGAGGGACCGCAUCACGGCCAUGCUUCUCGGCGAUGCAGAUGGCAACAAAUACCCCCUCUUCCUCGUCAUGAAGUCGGACGCCGAGAAUCAUCCAGACGCGCGCCAAGGCUUUGAUACGGCCGCGUGGGAGGACAUGCAGAUCAUCCAAGAAGAGACGGGCGGCGUCGUCUUUGGCAACCCGACGGCCACUUGGAACAGCGAUCUCUCGCUCGCGUUCCUCCGAUUCCACUUUGGCCGCCGCGCUCAUUUGAACGAAAACGUGCUGCUCGUGUGGGGCGUCCACUGGACGGCGGACGUACAAGCGUACGCCGAUGAGAUCAACGUGACUCUCCACCGCGCGCAACCGACCAACGCUGUCUGGAAAAGCACGCUGAUGAACCGCCUUCGCCGCAUCUGGAUCGACAGCCUCCGCGCCCAAGUCGCUUACCACACGUCCAUGGCCCACUUUGUCCUCCAGCCGCCCUGCCGCAUCGAGCUCGCUGCGUGGGUUCAAAGCACGUGGGACUCGCUCUCGAGAAACACGAUCCAGAAGGGCUUCAAGAUGAAAGACGACGACCUUGUAGCAUCCUCCCGCAGCCCAAACGUUGCUAACGAAGAGGACGACGCUGUCUCGUGCCUCGAGCCAUCGCUGCUCGAAGCGCUUGUCAACCUGAAGAUUGCCCACGACGUCAACGCAGACGAGGACUCUGAUUCCAGUCCCGAGAGACAGCGCCUUCUCCGCAGCCCGGCCGACAAGCCGGUCAAUCGCGCAAUGGGCGAGUUCGUCGGGCGCUCAGCCACUGCAUCACGGCCCGGCCACACAAUGGUGACGCUGCCACGCGUGCCUAAUCUCGUCACCGUCCCGUCGUUCCCGCAGCGCCUCACGACGCGCGCAGACCGUACGGAGAUCACCGCCUAG